AUGAAAUCUAUAUUAAAGAAAGCAAAACAUUUCUUUCACACCAAUGAAACAGUAAAUGGAGAAAAUGGUGGUGAAAAAACAGCAAAAGAGAGUGAAAGUCAACAACACCACCAACAACAACAACAACAUGAUGAAAAUGGUGCAAACCCACCAGACCAAGGAGUUGAUGAAGCAUCAAAUGUAUCACAAUCUCAACCAACUACAUCAGCAUUACAAACUUCAACCUCAUUACAACCAUCAUCAUCAUUACAUCAAAUUCCUCAAUCACAAUCUAGCUUAGAAUUAACAACUAAUCCAACACAACAACUACCAACAACACCAACCAAACAAUUACCAACACCACCACCACCACAACAACCACAUUCACAACAACAACAACAACAACAACAACAAUCACAGUCACAAUUAAAUAAUAAUGAUAUUAGUAUAAGUACAAAUACAAAUAAUACAACAAAUAAUACAAAUAAUAAUAAUAAUAUAGAUUCAACACUAACAACACCAGUACCAUCAUCAGAGAAUUUGGCAACAUUAUCAACAUCAACAACUAGUGAACAACAACCAAACUCUCAACCAACACCAAAUAAUACAAAUACAACAACUUCACCACCACCAUCAUCAGCUUCAACUUCAAAUUUAUCAACAUCAACUACUACAACUACCACAACAACUACAACUACAACAGCAGCAGCAAAUGAAAAUACAAAUACAACACAAGAACAAACUGUAUCACCAAAUAAACCACCACAACCACCAAAUGCAUUAUCACAAUCAACAACAUCAUCAUCAACAUCAUCAACAUCAUUAUUAAGUAGUACAUUUUCUAAAUUUAAAAUUAAACUUGGUAGCGGUUCAACAAAGAAUAAAGAUUCAUCAUCAGCACCAGGAACACCACAUAUAAAUAAUAAUAAUAAUACUGUAUCAUCAUCAAAUAAAAAUAGAUCAACCCUAGUUAUAACACCAGGAUCUGUAAAUAAUAAUAAUAACAACCAAAACAAUCAUAAAAAUAAUAAUACAACACCAGAUCACCCUCCAGAAGAACAAAAACCAGUUGAAAAGGAAGUGAUUACAAUUGCAACAUUGGCAGAUUUCCCUGAAGAUUGUCAAAAGUUAAUAAGAAUAUCUGGAAUUCCAGAAGAGAAAUUAAUUAAAAAUAUUCAAAUUUUAGCAUACGUUUUACAUUUUAGAACGGGUAGAUUCUUUAAAUUGGUUGACGAACCACCAAGAGAACCCAGAAAGAAAUUUGUAUCUGAAAGAUUUAAUGAUGGUGAAAAGUUACUUGAACCUGUUGAACCAGCUUUACUAAAGAAAAUGUAUAAAGAUUCUGAUCAAGUUGGUAAAGGUGGUUUUGGUACAGUUUAUUUUGCAAAAAGUACAAAAGAAAAAAGAUUAGUUGCAAUUAAAAAGAUGCCACAUGUUACAAAGAGACAACAACAACAAAAUUUUAGAGAGGCAGCAAUUUUAGCAAAAUGUGAUCAUCCAAAUAUCGUAAAAUUACAUACAUGUCAUAUUGAUAAGGAUAGUAAUCUAUGGAUAGUUAUGGAGUUUAUGGAGGGUGGUACAUUUGAGGAGGCAGCAAAGGCAUGGAAAUUCAAUGAGAAUAAUUUAGCAUACGUGGCAAAAGAGUUGUUGAAAGGGUUACAAUAUUUACACGAAAAUCAUAUGGUUCAUAGGGAUUUGAAGAGUGCAAAUAUUAUGAUGAGCGUUGAGGGUAAGGUCAAGUUAAUCGAUUUCGGUCUAUGUGAAGACGUUGCCACCUCGACACCAAUGCAUAUGGUGGGUUCACCAUUUUGGAUGGCACCAGAGAUGAUUCAACAAAAAUAUCAUUCAACUCCUGUCGAUAUUUGGAGUUUUGCAAUCUCUCUUUUGGAAAUGGCAAAUCAACGUCCACCAAUGAUGGAAUCUGCCGUAAAAGCAAUGUUUACUGUGGCCACCGAUGGUGCUACCGGUUUCGAUGAUCCUGCACUUUGGUCUGAUUGUUUCAAGGAUUUCCUAUCACUUUGUUUAAAACAAGAUCCAGCUGAACGUGCUACUGCCGAAGAACUUUUAAAACAUCCUUUCAUUAAAAAAGCUGAUUCAAGAGAUAAUAUGGAAAAUAUACUUAAAAAGAUUUUCCUUACAAAUUCUUUAAUGAAUUCUGGUUUCUAA